AUGCCCAGCCUAUGACGCCUCCUUCUCAGGCUAGCAAGAAAAUGGUGACUCUAAAGAACCCAUUAUAUGAUACGAUUUCCAAGCGCGAGCCCUCUCGUAUUGACAAAAAUUCAGACAUUUGCGAGCCAGCUGCUAUAUUCAAAAAUGAAAAUGGUACUGUUACCAUUAGGAGCUCGAAGUUGCAUGAAUCGCUCUCUAAUGGUGCGGCUCUGAAUCCCAUGCCAAUGGCGAUGCCUGGCUUAAUAUCUAAGCCAACGACCAAUCCCACCCCUUACAUACCGCCUCCUGUAGGAGAGAGUACUGAGAUGACUCCGUUCAAUGCCCAAGCAAUUCUCUCUGGUUUGCCUGGCAUCGAGAUAACCAAAGUGAUUAAGAAAGUACCCACCACUGAGACAGAGGUCAGUAAAUCUUGCCAAACUGCCCAAGUGUCCAUCAUGCCUUCGCCGAAUUGUGGGGAGAAGUUCAAUUUUGAAAAAGACGACUGGAUGUACGGUGAAUAGUGUUUUUAGCCCUAGAGACGUAUUAGAAGAUGACAUGGAUGCUGAGGAAAGGGAACUAGAAGCAUUCAAGCGUUUUUGUCAGCAGUCAGUACCUCCUGAGAAGAAAGAGAAAGUUGCUCAUCUGAAUGUUGCUGAUAUAGUUUUAAAAAAGAAAACCGACAUUAAUUUUCUUUGAUUUAAUUUUUUAUUUUAUUUUAUGAACGUCUCUUAUUAAGUGAAACUAUAAUGUGAUAAUUUAUUAGUUUUUGGUCAUUUACUAUAUUUAUAUACAAUGUCUAACAACUCUAAAUAAAAUUAUGUUGAGUAUGACCCAAAA